AUGCGAUUUGUCGACCUUGGACCACCAGAAGUCCGUUUUCUCUCUGCCCCAGCUAUCCAUCUCGAACUUUGCAGCUGGUGCAAUGUCGCCAUUAAUCAAUUCCUCAUUGCCCUGUCCAAAUACCAACACUGGAUGACGUUUUCCUUCGUGCUGUUCAACGAGGCGAUCAAUGGCGGUGUUGCGAAUUUCAGCAAGCUGAUUAUCAAACGACUGACAGGCGACGCGCUCACAUCAGUUGCACUAGGAAUUCCAUUUGGCGCGUUUCAGAUCUUCUGGGUCCUGUCCGGAACGUAUCUUGCGUCUCGGGUUUCUAACUUUCGGACCAUCGUUAUGUUCUUGUAUUUAAUGCCGACUAUCAUUGGGACAUGCCUAACGUGGAAGCUGUCACACAAGACACACAAGGUGGGAGUUCGAUUUGGCUACUACAUUGUCGGCGCGUAUGUGUGCUCGCUUGUUCUUGCAUUACAAAUGCCUGCUAUAAACCUUGGUGGCUACACAAAGCACACAACCAGUGUUUGGCUAGUCGUCCUCGCGCAUUGCAUUAGAAAUAUAAUCGGACCUCAUGAAUUUCUAGCGAAGGAAGCCCCAAUCUACCAAACUGGAUGCAAGGUCAUCCUAGCUUGUUCGUCUGCUCAGGAACUCCUGACUAUUUGUCUGGGCUUGCUGUACAUUCACCGCAACAAGCGGAGGGAUGCUGCAGCUGCAAAUACGGUUGGGACAGAACCCACACUUCCGGUACGUACUAUGAAUUUUGAACAUAACAAUGUCAGGGAAAGACUUAUCCAGCCGAUGCAAGCUUGCUUUUGCUUGCUCGUUAUAUGUUACCUCAGGAAUAGUUUUAUCCAGAAACCACUAGAACAAGGCCCAAUACCAUUUUAG